CAAAGAGUAUAUCAUCAGAGGAAGGGCACAGAAUGGGAGGAGCUGCUGCGGUGUCACCUGCUCCGAGUGCGCCCACUGCAGGUGUGAGAAGACGGACAGAGAGGUCUUACGGACAGCCGGUAUGAUGCCACAACUCCGGACACUUACGAUGAUGCGCGGUACCAGAGCUCGCAUCUUACGUAAGAUCUGCAGGAACUGUCCGAAUCUCACAACUUUGCAGCUUCACGGCUGUCAGAAGAUGAACUACUCGCUCCUGAAGUACAUAUUUGAGAAGUGUCCGAAGAUAGAGAAGCUGAUAAUCGCCAACAACUUACUGGCCGACCGACAGUACGCGGAGUUGGUGUCGCGCCUGGAACACUUGCAGAGCCUGGAAGUGUUCGAGAAUCGGAGAGGUGCGGGGCCCGUGCUGCUGCGCUUCCUGGCAGACACCUGCUCGAAGUUGCGGGAGAUAAACCUCAGCUGUGACUACCACCCGCUGGAGGACGUCGAGUACUUCGUGAAGGCCAAGAGGGACACACUCACUUCUGCCACCGUGCGCUGGACCAUGGCGGGGAAGAGAUGUGUGGUUCCCGUGCUGAAAGAGGCCGCCAGCUCUCUCGAGAAACUGCAGCUGCGCCUCUUUGACGUGGCACCCGAUGAGGAGGCCGCGACGUUUGCAGAUCUCGGAGAGCUGCACAACCUGCGUGAACUGCACUGCAACCAGCUCUGCCCGCACCGGCCUCGCCUCAUCUCUCUCGCCUUCCAGCCCGGCUGCCUACCACUGCUGCAGAAGUUGGACCUGCCGCACGCCACCGACCUCCCGGGAGACGCGGUGGUCACCAUUUCUCGGGGGUGCCCGUCACUGCGCCACCUGAGCCUGACUUUUGCGACGAGUCUCACAGACGGAGCACUUGCCGAGAUCCACCGUCUUAAACACUUACAGAUACUGGAUCUUUCCGGAUGCAGUGGGCUGGGUGGAUCUGCCGUGGCGCACGUGGCGCAGCUGCCGGCCCUCCGCACGCUGCUGCUCCAGUACAUUGACGACCUGACAGACCUGCAGCCGAGCCUACGGCACGUCCUGGACUUGAAGCAACUGCGCUGCCUCGAUAUCCUGUACAGCGGCCACAUCAGAGCUGUGCCAUUUGAAGAAUUUUCUGUGAGGCUCGUGAACCUCAGAGAACUACAUGUGACGUAUGAGGAAGAGGAUGAGGUUUUCUACAAAAAUGUUUUUGCUGAGAUGCAGAGUCAAAUGCCUCGGCUCAGGAUAAUUAAUACUUUCCGAUGGACAGAGAAUGACUUCCUAACAGAUUACGAAACGGAUGAUGAUGAUGACACCGACAUAGGGUACUGAGAAAUAAUUUUGGUUUUCAGACUGCAGAAUGUAACAUUGGAGCCCCUGGAUGAGUGAACUGUUUGAAAAGCAAGUAAAAGACAAAAUAUGGAUUUAUGAAAUUAUUGUAUAAGAGCCAAGAAAGUGU